AUGGGUUUUAUCGAGAAAUUGCAAGCAAAGCUUGAGCUCUACAGGCUAGAGCAGCGCUACGCCCGACGCAAGCAUCGCAGCACAUUUUCCGGGGUGCAAUACGUCGACGGAGAAUACGUCUUCUCGAAUAGCUCCAACUCGUCUACAGGAACCGUCUCCAAACACUCGACCGGCUCCCACUGGAAGGCCUCGACCUGGGGCACCUUCGGAAACGACGCGCGAUACCGGUGA